CCUGUGACGAUCCCCUGCCUGGCAGAACCGCGCCGGCCGAGGGCAGCAUGGCGAAGAAGGUGGCCAUCAUCGGAGGCGGCAGCAGCGGGCUCUGCGCCAUCAAAGCCUGCCUGCAGGAGGGGCUGGAGCCCGUCUGCUUCGAGAGGACCGGGGACAUCGGAGGGCUCUGGAGGUUUGAGGAGCACCCCGAGGAGGGCCGCGCCAGCAUCUACCGCUCGGUCAUCAUCAACACCUCCAAGGAGAUGAUGUGCUUCAGCGACUUCCCCAUCCCCGAGGACUUCCCCAACUACAUGCACCACUCCAAGAUCAUGGAGUACUUCCGCCAGUACGCGCGGCACUUCGGGCUGCUGCCACACGUCCGCCUCAGGACCGGCGUGUGCCGCGUGGCCAAGCGCCCCGACUUCGGCGCCACGGGCCAGUGGGAGGUGGUGACGGAGAGCGAGGGGAAGCAGGAGGCGGCCGUGUUCGACGCCGUGCUGGUGUGCACCGGGCACCACAGCGAAGCGCAUCUCCCGCUCAGCACCUUCCCAGGAAUCGAGAAGUUCAAGGGCCGCUACCUCCACAGCCGAGACUACAAGGAUGCUCAGGCUUUCACAGACAAGAGGGUCGUGGUCAUUGGGAUUGGGAAUUCAGGGUCAGACCUGGCCGUGGAGAUCAGCCAAACGGCCAAGCAGGUCUUCCUCAGCACCCGCCGAGGCGCAUGGAUCUUCAACCGCGUGGGAGAUCAGGGCUACCCCCUUGACAUCGUCUUCACCACCCGUGUGAAGACGUUCCUGAAGAGCCUGCUGAGCCCUUCCACAGUGAACAACUUUGUGGAGAAGCAGCUGAAUGCGAGGUUUGACCACUCGCACUACGGCCUGAAGCCAAAGCACAGGGUCUUUGACCAACACCCAACCGUCAACGACGACCUUCCCAACCGCAUCAUUUCGGGCAGGGUGCAGGUGAAGCCCAAUGUGCAGCAGUUCACAGAGACAGCUGCCAUCUUUGAGGAUGGCACCCGGGAAGACAUCGACGCCGUGGUCUUUGCCACGGGAUACAGCUUCUCCUUCCCCUUCCUCGAGGGCUGCGUGGAGGUGGUGGAGAACCAGCUCCCCCUCUACAAAUUCGUGUUCCCCCCCGAGCUGGAGAAGCCCACGCUGGCUUUCAUCGGGCUCGUGCAGCCUCUGGGUGCCAUCAUGCCCAUCUCCGAGCUCCAGUGUCGCUGGGCCACCCGUGUUUUCAAGGGGCUGAACAAGCUGCCCCCACGGCAAGACAUGGAGGCUGACAUCAAGCAGAAGAGAGAAGCCAUGGCAAAGCGGUACGUGAAGAGCCAGCGGCACACCAUCCAGGUGGAUUACAUCCCCUACAUGGACGAGCUCGCCUGCCAGCUGGGGGUGAAGCCCAGCCUGCUCACCCUCUUCCUCAGCGACCCCAAGCUGGGGCUGGAGGUGGCCUUCGGGCCCUGCACACCAUACCAGUACCGGCUGCAGGGCCCGGGUGCGUGGGCAGGUGCCAGGGAAGCCAUCCUCACACAACGGCAGCGCAUCAUCAAGCCUCUGCAGACACGGCACGUGGAGGAGGAAGCAGCAGCCCCUGCCAUGCCACUCAUCUUCAAGUUGGUCGGGGCCAUUGCUCUCCUCGCCAUCAUUUUUGGUUACUUGUUGUAGGUGCCCUGUGAGUGUGGGGAGGGAGGCUCUGUGAUAUGCAGGAGGGAGCUGGUCAGACACCCACUGCCCUGCUGCAGCUUUGUGCAGCCCAGCACUGGCAGGAGCCCUCCUUCUGUCUGGCACAGCUCCACAGCAGCCACCCCACAAAAUCAGAGUGCACAGAGCCUGCUGGCUACCAGAAUAAUGCCUCAACACCCACUCUGCACCUCCCAGGGAGCCACUACUAGGCACAGCCAAGGAAACUGCUCACAUGCAGGAUAAAAUUCAGUCCUCUCCCCGGGCAACACUUGGACUCGGGGGGAUGUACCAGUUUUCCCAUCACCUGUAACCCAUCCAAGCCACCCACUGGCAUGCUCACAUGCCAAGUAGCAAAGGUGCAGCAGGCUUCGUAACUGCAUAAAGGUGUGUUAAAGCGA